CGUCACAUUGCUAUUGGUGUUGAAUGGACAAAUAAAACGAAAAAUACAAACACCGCAUGUGUGUGACGAAAACAUUGGCAGUAAAGUCUAGAAAAGAAACUAGAAGCAACUCUACCAAGAUGCCUGUGACAGCUGUGAGUCGUACGAAACCGAACAUCUUAAUAACAGGCACUCCUGGAACUGGGAAGUCUUCCCUCUGCAAACAGUUAGCAGAGAAAACUGGUUAUGAAUGGCUCGAGGUAUCAAAACUUGCCAAGGACUGGGAAUGCAUUAGUGACUACGAUGAGGAAUACGACACCUCUGUAUUAGAUGAAGAUAAGUUGUUGGAUACUAUGGAACCCAUCAUGGCCAAUGGAGGAAAAAUUGUAGACUACCAUGGAUGUGACUUCUUUCCGGAGCGAUGGUUUAAUAUUGUCUUUGUUCUACGAACUGACAAUACAAUUCUGUAUGACCGGUUAUCAGAAAGAGGCUACACAGGAAAGAAACUGUCAGACAAUGUAGAAUGUGAAAUUUUCCAAACUCUAUUAGAAGAAGCAAAGUCAUCUUACGAUGAAGAUAUUGUACAUGAACUGCAAAGCAGCACUCUAGCAGAGGCCGCAAGCAAUUUAGAAAGGAUUGUAAGCUGGACUGAUCAAUGGACAAAGGAUAACACAAGCUAAAUUUCUUGUUAAAUAAAUCAGACAUGUGGAAAAGUUGUAAGUUUUUCUUAAUUCAAAGCACUUGUUGUUCAGAAUUUAUUUUCAUGGGCCUGUUGUUUUGUUUGAUCUGUAUAUGAUUUAUAACUUGAAUCAUCUUUUAAUGACUGUUGCCCACUUAAAUUGUUUGCUUCUCAAAGUCAAUGGGUCGGGUUUGCGCAUUGUUACUGUACAAUAAUUCCAUUUGCUCUGGGAAUAUACUUUGUGUUUGUUUAUUGAAGAGAUGAAGUAAUACAAAUCUGUGAUUUUUCAGAAACUUUGUUAUUGGUUUUCUAUUAAACAGUUUCAAUUGAAA